AUGGGGCAGACACAGCAGACGGACAACAGUGAGGAGAUUGAUGUCAAAGCGCUUCAGGAUAUGUAUAAAAGGUUUGUCGUGGAGUGCCCGAGCGGACUACUUUUUCUGCAUGAGUUCAAGCGUUUCUUUGGUGUGGACCCAACAGGGGAAGCGUCUGCCUACGCAGAAAACAUGUUUCGAGCCUUUGACACGAACGGGGACAAUACAAUUGAUUUCCUUGAGUUUGUGGCAGCACUGAAUCUUGUCUUCCGGGGAGACCUGGAGCAUAAACUGCGCUGGUCAUUCAAGGUGUACGACAAAGACAACAAUGGCUACGUGGACAGGGACGAACUACGGUCAAUAAUUGAUAGCAUCUAUCGGUUAAAGAGAGGCGAAAUGACAGACGCGAGCGAUUCACAGCUCACGGUAGAUGAGGCUGUGGAUCGACUGCUGCGGGCCGUCGACAGUGAUGGAGAUGGUCAUAUUACCUUGGAAGAGUUCAUCAGAGGCGCUCGGCAGGACCCCUGGGUGCUCAACAUGUUGAAGUUGGACAUGAACCCUGCUGGAUGGGUGCUGGAGCGGAGGAGAAGGAGUGCACACUUCUGA